AUGAAUGCCUACAUGCAGCCAUCACCAGCCCCAACUACUCUGAUCAAAGCCUCAGCGGGAGUUUGCUCAGAUUCCAUUAGCCCACCUUCACCUUCCUCUUGGCAUUUAAUUACCGCGUACCCAACCAACGUUGUUGCCGCGUCAGUUGCAGGAACGCCCCAUCGUUCCACCCCAUUGGCUAAUAAUGCAGUUGCGGCUCUUCCUGAUACGCAAACAGUGAGGAAAUCGUUCACUUCUAGGGUUUCAGAAAUGCUAUUUCCGCAAAAAAUGGUUAAAGGCAUGUUUAUUUAUACCAUUUGUCAUGGCGAUGGCUGCAAAUUUAUUGCCUCUCCACCUCCUUCUUCGAUGUUACUACUUACACCAAGUCCCGCAUCACCCAUUACCGUCAAAUCGAAAAGCCUUUCUGACCAUCGGCAACACCACCACCACGACAUUCAAGAACUCGAGCCACAACCGGCAUACAGUGAUGGAUCAAAUACUUAUUACGUCAUCAAUAUCGAUCGUCGAUGGGCAGCCUCUUCUACUGCAUAUCCCGCUACCCCAAAGACUAACCCUUUAAGCCCUCACCCCCCAAUGGUCAUCCCAGGACCUGACACAAGUUAUGUCUAG